CAAAUGAAAAGCCGAGUAUAAAUUUCUGGCCCGUACGCAUUUGAAAAAUGCUAAAAACCAAAACACCAAACAGCAUCUGAUAAAGAUGACCAAAUGCGCCAACCUUUUCGUAGAGCAUCUAUAUAUGUAGCGCUUCUGUUAAUACUCGAGGCUCUAACCGGACUGCUGAUUAUCAUCGCUACUGGCAUCUACCAACUAAACCUGUCCAGCUUCUUGGACGAUCUGGAUCAGCGCAUGUUAUUCAGCUUUCUACUCAACAUCUAUAUCUUUGGAGCACAGGUGGCCGUGACGUUCCUCUGCAGCCACUCACUGUGGAAUCGCCUGUGGAAGAGGCGGUGCACGCCCAACGUUCGUCUGAUGAUCUCCGUUUGGCUGUUCUACUCUUGUGUGCUGAUCGCCUCGGGCUUUGGUACCGUGUGGAACAUUUACUACAACAUUGAUGUACUGGAAAACGCGGCGGAGAGCUCGCUGCUGCGCGGCAUCGACGAGUAUUACACUUCGCCGGAGUGGAAACUCCUUUGGGACGGACUGCAGUUGCGCAGGCAAUGCUGCGGCGUCAACAGCUACAAGGACUGGAUGGGGGCCGAAUGGAUGCCCCGUCAGCUGGUCAACAGCUCGUGCCGCAAUCGAGUUGUGCUCGCGCCCAUCGCUUGCACCAAGCGCGAUUGUGAGGCGAAGCUAAUCAACCACGAAGAUUACGGACAGCACCGACGGACGCCAGUGCCCACGUUGACCCUCGAAUCCAUCAACACGAAUGGGUGCCUCGCUCUGUUCUCGCAGGGAUUGAUGCGUUAUUUCUACAUACUGCUCGGGCUAUCGCUGUCGGCCCUUAAGUUUCUGAUAUUUUUAUGUUGCUUCACCAAGUACACUCUACACCGCCAAAAUGUGGGCGAUGGCUGCGAUAAUGUAGGCCUCACCGAUGAGGAUGGCCGUCCCCUGGUCAUGGUCAAAUACCCUAGGAAUGUGCGUUGCGUUACUGUCAGCGAGGAUGAUCUCGCAUCCGAUAUGGCACCGGAGCCGGCCUAUUGCAAUUGCGAAGAAGUGGGCGAAACAUGCGAUUACUGCGACGGUUAGUCUUACUGUUUCAUAUACAUAUAUGAUAUAUCGUAUAUAUUUUAUAUAUUUCU